AUGCAUGGGAUCCCACCACCUCCUUGGCUUCUGUAUAUCCAUUCAUCCGAAGACUACAAUCUCCAGAUCGAUCUCAUAGCACAUGAAGGCCAUGUGUUGGUGUUGCCUUACCCAAGCCAAGGCCAUAUCAACCCUCUCCUUCAAUUUGCCAAAAGACUCGCCUCCAAAGGACUUAAAGCCACCGUUGCCACCACCCACUACACCCUUUCCUCCAUCUCCGCCCCAUACAUCACUGUGGAGGCCAUCUCCGACGGUUUUGAUGACGGUGGUUUCACUCAAGCUCAAUCCGCAGAAGUCUUUCUAGAGUCCUUCAAGUCCCAUGGCUCACGUACACUCACCCAACUCAUCAAGAAACACCAAACCACCAAGUAUCCAAUCACUUGCGUUGUGUAUGAUUCCUUCUUUCCUUGGGCUCUUGACGUGGCUAAGGAGAAUGGGAUUCUUGGGGCACCGUUUUUCACCAACUCCGCCACUGUGUCUGCCAUUUUCAGCCGGAUACAUGGCGGGACGUUAAGGUUGCCGGUGAGAUUGGAGGAUUGUCCGGUGGUGCUGCCAGGGGUUCCGCCGUUACAUUUGGAAGACUUGCCGAGCUUUCUGAAUGCACCUGAAAGUUAUCCGGCCUACUUGAAGAUGAAAUUGAACCAGUUUUCGAAUUUGGAGAAAGCUGAUUGGAUUUUCUGCAACUCUUUCCAAUCAUUGGAACCUGAGGUGAUAAAAGGUAUAGGGGAGCAAUGGUCAGCAAAACUAAUAGGUCCAAUGGUGCCUUCGUCCUACGUAGAUGGAAGGAUUAUAGAUGACAAAGGUUAUGGUGCAAGUUUAUGGAAACCACUUGAGCAUCAAUGCACCAAAUGGCUCGAAACCAAGCCCAAAAACUCAGUUGUUUACGUCUCUUUUGGGAGCAUGGUGUCACUAUCCCAAGAAGAAAUGGAAGAAAUAUCAUGGGGUUUACACCAAAGCGGUUUCAAUUUUCUUUGGGUUGUCAAAGAUUCGGAGACACAUAAAUUGCCCAAAGGGUUUCUUGAAUUAACCACAAAAAGUCAAGAAAAGGGUAUGAUUGUGAAUUGGUGCAACCAACUUGAGUUGUUGGCUCACGAUUCAGUAGGUUGUUUCGUGACACACUGUGGGUGGAACUCAACGUUGGAAGGGUUGAGCCUUGGAGUCCCGAUGAUCGGGGUCCCAAAAUGGGCUGACCAAUUAACUGGUGCCAAGUUUAUAAAGGAUGUAUGGUGUUUGGGUGUGAGGGUUAAGGUGGAUGCUAAAAUUGGGAUUGUCGGAAGGGAAGAACUUGUUUCGUGUUUGAAUGAGGUUAUGAAUGUAGGGGAAAAGAGUUUACAGAUCAAGAAAAAUGCGAAGAAAUGGAGAGAAUUAGCUAAAGAGGCAAUAAGUGAAGGCGGGAGCUCAGAUAAAGCCAUUGAUGAGUUAUUGAUGGCAUUGAAGGGAUUUUGCAAAGAAAGAGACUUAUGUUUAGGUUGACUCUAAUGCAUCAUACUUAAUAAACAAAUUCACAUUAAGUACAACCUACUUCAGCCAAUUUGUAACACUUUAUACUAAUUGAUUCUAAUCAUAGAGAUCUUCUAUUACUUAAUUUUCACUUGAAAAUAUGAGUUUACCACUAUUAGUGUGUGUACAUGUGUUGGUUACCUUAUAUUUUGGGAUUUUUAGAACCUUAAGGUACUAUUAAGCAUGAUUGUGGUUGUUAUUUUGAGUCUAUCACAUUUUAGUGGUUCAUAUUUGUAUCUCUUACUAAAAGGUUAAUUUUCAAUCUAAAU